CAUCCUAUGCUCUUCCUUUCUGCCUGAACCGACAUGCCCAAGGGAAAAAAGGCAAAGGGGAAGAAGGUGGCACCCGCCCCUGCUGUGGCCAAGAAGCAGGAGGCCAAGAAAGAAGUCAACCACCUUGCUGAGAAGAGGCCAAAGAACUUUGGCAUUGGCCAGGAUAUUCAGCCCAAGCGUGAUUUGACUCGCUUUGUUAAAUGGCCUCGCUAUGUCCGCCUGCAGAGGCAACGCGCCAUCUUGUACAAGCGCCUGAAGGUCCCCCCUGCCAUCAACCAGUUCACUCAGGCUCUGGACCGCCAGACGGCCACGCAGCUCUUCAAGCUGGCCCACAAGUACAGACCAGAGACCAAGCAGGAGAAGAAACAGAGGCUGCUGGCUCGUGCUGAACAGAAGGCAGCCGGAAAGGGCGAUACACCCACCAAGAGGCCCCCCGUCCUCCGGGCAGGCGUCAACACGGUCACUUCCCUGGUGGAGAGCAAGAAGGCCCAACUGGUGGUCAUUGCCCACGACGUGGAUCCCAUCGAGUUGGUGGUCUUCUUGCCCGCUCUGUGCCGCAAGAUGGGCGUUCCUUACUGCAUCGUGAAGGGCAAAGCUCGCCUGGGCAAGCUGGUGCACAGGAAGACGUGCACCUCAGUGGCCUUCACACAGACCAACCCUGAGGACAAAGGUGCUCUUGCCAAGCUGGUGGAAGCCAUCAAGACCAACUACAACGACCGAUACGAGGAGAUCCGUCGUCACUGGGGAGGAAACAUCAUGGGUCCCAAAUCUACCGCUCGCAUCACCAAGCUGGAGAAGGCGAAGGCCAAGGAGCUGGCAACCAAGCUUGGUUAAAUUGUUUGGAAUAAAAAAAUGUUAUGUUCUAA